AUGAAGUGGGUCGUCGAAUCGUCUCCGGCGGCUGUCACCCGGCGGAGCGGAAAAACGGCGACUUUGCGGCUCUCCGGCGGCUGUCACCCGACGGAGAGGGGCUGGAUGGAGGUGAGGCGCGUGUUAGGAAGCUUCAUCCUCAGGUCCGCGCAGCAAGAGGAGGCUCUUCAUCGCAUCUGGUACGCUCUCAGGAGGUGGCAACUGGUCUCCCGGCGGAUCGUCCUCUUCCCGACGACGGCUUGUUCGUCGAUCAAUCGGAGAUGAUUUACUCGAUGGAUUGCGAUCCUUUUAUCGCGAAUCGUUCAGAAAUUUUAGUAGCAAUGCUCCGCGAAUCGCGUUGACGAGAUUUUUGCCGAUGAUCCAGCGAUUCCGGUUGCUUAAUCCUUCACCGGCGAUCUGCAGGAAAAUCGCGAUAAUCAGUUAAAAAUAUAUGAAUUUUGACUCUGGGAGGAUUCGAACCUGCGGCGGUCGCCCGCCCCUGAAGGUUUAGUCCCACAUCGGUUGUACGCGGAUUAUUCGGGCAAAUAUAUAGUAAAGUUAGCUUUGUAGGCAAAGUCCUCUCGCGUGUACGACCACUCCUUGCCCCACAGCCGGCUGACCACCGGUGACGUGGAAGGGGAGUGGCGCACACGUGCCCCUAUCGAUCCAAGCAAGCCGCUCGAGCCCCUGCUCGCGGCUACUCCCCGACUGCGCUUCCGACCCGCUUGCGGGCCCGGCUGGCCGGCGGGUUCCCCAUUUUGCAAUAUUUUUAUUUUUAUUUCUUGUUCUUCAUUUAUCUCAAAACUAAGACUGUAAAAAUCGUAUAAAAUCACAUAAUUACCCAAAAAUUCACGUUAAUCAACUGAAAACCACUUUUCAUGCUUUAACACAAAUAUAAGUCUAUUUAUCAUGAGUUAAGGCUAAAACUAUAUUAUUUACUAAUUAUUAACUCAUGAUAAUGAAGACUUAUCAGGAGCUUUACCCUUAGGUUUGCGCAAUAAGAGGAGGUUCUUCAUCACAUCUGGUAUGCUCUCAAGAGGUGGCGACUCAUCUCCCGAUGGAUUGUCCUCUUCUCAUUGACGGCUUAUUUGUCGAUCAAUUGGAGAUGCUAUACUUGA